AUGUCACUGGCGGUCGGAGUUUGCUCGAGUGCACACUUUGAUUUUGCGGAAUUGCCGUUUACGAAGUCGCUGGGCUGUGGCAAUUUCUCGAGCAGGCGAGUCGAUUUGUCGUCUUUUUCGAGAAAUUUGAGGCGUAGGAAUGGGAGAUGGCGUGUCGGGUGCUUUCCUUCAGCUGGAAAUGUGGCUCGAGAAUUGGAAUCAGAGGAGGAUUCUGCUGCAAGCAGCUACAGAAAUGAUGAUGAUGAUGAUGAUGAUUUAAGCCAUGUGAUGAAGUUUAAAAUGUCGGAUUUCGAAAUUCAUGAUCGUGUUAGCGUUGGUCUUUCGGACAAGGGUGAUGAGAUAGUAUACGAAGCAACGGUGAAGGACCCCAACAGUCCACUGUUUAACACGAGGGUUGUCCUUAGGCAGCUGGUCAGUAAUCAGGCUAAGCGUAGGGGGAGACGAGCAAUCGAGGUAUUGAAAAGGCUGGCUCGCCGUAGAAUAAUGUACCAUUCUUAUUCGAUGCAAGUUCAUGGCUAUGUGUGCCCGUCCACAACUAGCGACUGUGGUUCGUUUAUUCUUGUUCAUGGAUACCAUGGUAGUUUUUCUUUGAGACAUUGGCUUCAACAAUCCGAUUGGCUCCCAACUCUCGAGGCGACCCUUACGUUGGACGAGGAGACUAUCAGAAGGGUCGGGGACGACACGGUUGGUGGGCCCGCGGUAUCUCGACAAUUGCGGCUUAUUCGGGUUUUAAUGCGAGAUCUGCUGAUUGGAGUGAAUUACCUGCACAGCCAUGGACUUGCGCAUACAGAGUUGAGAAUUGAGAAUUUGCAUAUCAGCCCCGUGGAUAGACAUAUCAAAGUUGGGAUAUUGGGAAACGCAGCUGAUUUUACUGACUGCAAUCCAGAUGGCAGCAAAUUAGAUAGGAGGAACAUGAUGAUUGCAUUCGACAUGAGAUGUGUUGGAUUUAUCAUGGCCAGAAUGGUAAUAAGGGACCUCAUGGAUCCGUUGAUUUUCACCAAGUUCAAAGCAUUCCUCUCCAAAGGUAAUGACCCUUCAUGCUUGCGUGAGUUUUUGAUGCAUAUUGUUGAUAGAAAUUCGUCCUUUAAAAAUGUUGGGUUCCAAAUACUUGAUAGAAAAUGGGGUGCAGGUUGGAAUUUACUCUCUCUACUUCUUGCUACAAAUCCCUCAAAGAGAAUAAGUUGCUUGGAUGCUUUGAGGCAUCCUUUCUUGUGUGGACCAAAAUGGCGUGUUGACCCCACAAUGGACAUGAUCAGAUGGAACCUGGGUUCAACAGCAGUUCGAAUCACAGAGGAAUAUAUUUACAGUCAGCAACAGAGAAGAAGAAUAGCACAUAUCAUUGAACUAAUGGAGAUGCUAAAUCCUCACUCAAAGCCAAGGCAAUGGCUGGAACUCCUUCCCGGCAAAUGGCGUUUAUUGUACAGCACAGGCCGCCACAUAGGAUUAACUCUUCGCCAGCCCACAACCCGAGUUCUCAUUGGCGAAGCCCACUUAACGAUAGCCAAGCUCUCUAAACCACAUGCAACUUUCUCCAUCCAAUCGGACGUUAGCUUCACAGUCAUGCCCGGUCGAGACUGGGCCCUCGACAAGAAAGGCACAAAUGGUAAACUUCAGAUUACCUCUCCUUCAAAACUGAGAGCCGGAAGACGGUUUUACAUAAAUGAAAAAACUGCCGACCAAAUCAACUUGGCCUACUCACCAGACGUUAGGGAUUUCAUAUUGGAAAAACUGUCGAGCAAGAAAUGGAGAAAGAUUGUCCCUUUAAAGGAGUUCCCUUCGAGCCUACCCGUGGCUAAGCUCAUUACAAGCGAUGUCGAUAUCACAAUGAGUAUGGAUGAGCCGUUGAGUAGAGAUGUUGUGGCCGCGCAAAAUGUUGUUCGAGAGGUGAGGACCCAAUUGCCACCUGAAUUGUUUGAUUUGUCGAAGAUUGUUUGCGGGACUUGUGUGGAUUCUAGGUUGCUUGUGCUUCGUAGCGUGAACGGCUCGGCAGUAUUGUUCGCAAGGUCCUUUUGUAAAUGA